AUGGCUGAAGCAAAACGACUUGAGAGACUUAAAGCAAUGAGAAGCUUAUUGAAGAGUGAGAUGGAGAAAUCAGAAACCUUUUCAUUGGUUCUACACAAGGCAGGAUCCAAACUUGAAGAGAUCAACCACAAGCUGGUGUCUUUAGAAGCUGAUGUUAAGGUAGAGAGAUGGAGAUCUUCUCCUUUCUCUGAUCAUAUCCGUCACACCAUUGCCCCGAUAUCCGGUGUUCUGAGAGUCUUUGCUACGGUUCAAGAACUCGAGAGAUCUCUCUUCUCCUCUAAUGAAGUCCUCGGUUAUGUUUCAGAUGUUAAACGUCUUGGAGAAGCCGUGAGUUUUCUCUCUAGUAGCUGUGUUCUUGCUCUUCAUUGGCUUGAAGAUACGAUCGACUUCCUAACCGAAAAUGGAAUGCCUGAAGACCAUCCUUGCGGUUUGCGGUUCAAGACUUGGAUAGAACAUGUGCAGGAAUUGCAAAUGACCGAGGCUCGUGCUUAUCUCAGAGGGGGGAGUCUUUUCACAGCGCUGGAGUAUCUCGAAACAGAAUUCAAGCGGAUUCUCAAAGCGGGUUUUUCAGAAGCUAACUUGAGAAAGUUGCAGGCUAUCAUCAAGAGAUUAGAUGCUCAUUCGCGGUUAACAAACUGUGUGCCUGUUUACAUCAAAGCCCGCACAAAGGUUAUUCAGAAACGGUUGGAGAUUGACUAUCUCGAGAGAACAAUCACAGAAGCUGAUAGUGUGCAGGAUAUUGAAGGGGAUAUAGAUCAAUGGAAAUUGGAUAUGGAGAUUGCUGUGAAAGAUAUUUACCACUUUGAGAGUAAGCUCUGCGAUCAAGUGUUUGAAGAUGUUGGAAAAGAUGUCCCAUUGCGUUGCUUUGGAGAAAUAGCUUCAAACUCAGGAAUCUUUCCACUACUCAGGUUUGGAACAAGAAUCAGCAAAUGCAAGAAAGAUCCACCAAAGCUGCUAAAGCUCUUAGAUUGUUUCUCUACAAUGGACACCAUUCGAAUUGAGUUUAACCAGCUGUUUAGAGCGGAGCAAUGCUCAGAGAUACGCAGAGCAACACGGGAGCUAAUUAGCAAUCUCGUUAACGGUGUCUGCGAGAUCUUCUGGGAGUUACCUUUUCAAGUGGAGCUACAAAGACCAAACUGCCCACCUCUUGACGGUGGUGUCCCCAAGCUUGUGAGUGUUGUGACUGAGUACUGCAACAAGCUACUCGAGAACAACAACAAGCCUAUCUUGUCGAAGAUUCUCGAGAUUGAUUUAGGAUGGAAAAACAAAAAGUACCAAGAAGAGCUUCUCACAGGUCACAUGUACAGCAUACUGAGAGAGAUUGCUUUAAAUUUGGAUGCGUGGUCGAGCUCGGACAAAGGAACCACUCUUUCUUGCAUCUUUAUGAUGAACAAUCACUGCCAUUUCUGCGGUUUGAGAGAGACUCAUAUCGGAAAAAUGAUGGGGGAGUCUUGGUUGAGCGCGCACGAGCAGUAUAGAGACUAUUAUGCUGCGCUAUACGUCAAAGAAAGCUUGGGGAAGCUCUUAUCCCUACUCAACUACAAAGCUCAAAGAAAACGAUCCGGUGAGUCCAUUAAGCGAACAUUGCAAGCCUUUGCUAAGGGGUUCGACGAAAUCUACACAAAGCAAUCAGAUUGGGUUAUUGAGGAUGAAAAGUUGAGAUGGAAGAUACGUCAGGCCAUGGUAAGAACAGUUGUGCCAAGAUACAAGAGUUACCUACAAAGUUACAUAAUGCUCCUAGUCGAAGAGGGUCCUGCGGGUUCUGGUAAGCAUUUGAACUAUACUCCAAAGGGAUUAGAGAUGAAGCUGAAGACAAUGUUUCAGAGCAAAGAAGAAACAGAGAAGAGAUACUACAAGUAUUCACAUUUUGUGAACAAAGUGAUGGAUUUGGGAACUACUCCGAAUUCGCACUUGAUGUUAGAAGCUAUAUAAUUACUACUUAGAAAGAGAAACUAGACUCAUUUUCGCUCGGUAAAACAGAUUAGCUUUUACUCUUUACUUACGACAGUGUGUAGUGUAUAUGUAU